UUCCCCACCUCACGCACUCUCAGCAUAAUGGGCGACUAUGAUGAUGACACCGCUUUCCUGGGUCAGCGAGGGCCUUUCUUCAUCGUCACCUUCCUCCUCCUCAACUUCAUCUGCAUCUCCACGGGCCUCUCUGGGAUCUACUUUGUGUUUGUGGGGGCCACGCCGCCCCACCACUGCCUCAUCCCAAGUGAAGCGAACCUGAGCGAGGCGUGGAGGGAGGCCAUCAUCCCGUUAGAGACGGUGGACGGAAAGUCACAACAGAGCAUGUGCAGCAGAUACAAGCUGGAUGUGGUGAAGGACUACUCUGACCGAGGCCUCGUCCCUGGGGUGGAUCUGAACGUCACAGACAUCGAAGAGGAGAAAUGCUUGGAUGGAUGGAACUACAGCAAAGAUAUCUACCAGUCAACCAUCGUUACUGACUGGGACCUCGUAUGUGAUGAUCAAUGGAAAACACCUCUUGCCUCGUCUUGCCUAUUCAUUGGGUUCCUGAUAGGAUCCCUGGUCUCAGGCCAACUCUCAGACAAGUUUGGGAGGAAGAAGCUUAUUUUCAUCUGCUUGGCAGGUCAGCCCCUCAGUAUGGUCGUCCAUUCCUUCUCCCCGUCGUGGGUCUUCUUCUGCAUAUUCUACCUCUUUGUGGGGGCUUUCCACAUCUCUCUGUACAUCACUACGUUUGUCUUGGGCACAGAAGUGUUAAGUAAGUCACUGCGUGAUGUCUUCACCACUCUCGGCGUGUUCCUGCACUAUUGCAUUGGGUACAUGCUGCUGCCUGGCUUUGCUUUUGGCUUCAGGGACUGGAGGCCUCUUCUGCAGGUCAUGGCCGGCAUCAUGGUUGUCUACGUCCCAUUUUGGUGGUUCAUUCCAGAGUCUCCGCGGUGGCUGCUAGCUCAGGGCAGGGUGGAGGAGGCAGAGGCCAUAGUGCGGGACGCCGCCAGGAGGAACAAAGUGGUUGCACCAGACGUCAUCUUCAAAGAGCAAAAGGUUGAAGCAUCUCCCACUGACACAAAGAGCUACACUAUUUUGGACGUCUUGAGAAAUGGUAAAGUGAGGACUACUACUUUCCUGUGCCUAUUGUUGUGGCUGUCUACAAACAUGGGAUACUACGGACUGUCUUUAAACACUUCCAAUCUGAGUGGAAAUCCAUACCUCAAUAGCUUUCUGUCCGCGGCUGCCGAAGUCCCUGGGUACAUUGUGUCUACCGUGCUUAUAAAGCUCUGUCCAAGGAGACCUCUUCUCACAGUUUUUCUCAUCAUCGGAGGGGGCUUUCUACUCUUAAUUCAGCUGAUCCCAGAACAUUUGCAUGCUCUAGCAUUAACCCUGGAGAUGGCUGGGAAGUUUGGCUUCACCAUGUCCUUCACUGUGGUGUACGCCUACACGGCCGAGAUCUACCCCACAGUGCUGAGGAACGUGGGAAUGGGGAUGUGCUCGUCAGCGGCACGCAUCGGCAGCAUCACAGCCCCUUACAUCAUUUAUCUGGGUUCCUACAACAAGUAUCUGCCUUACAUUCUGAUUGGGAGUAUGACACUGUGCUCGUCGGCGGUGAACCUGUUCCUGCCGGAGACGUUCGGCCGAGAGCUUCCCGAGACGGUGGAGCAGAUGCAGCGAUGCAGAGGGUUGUGUCAACAAAAGAAGAUAGACAAGUGCCCCGAAGCAGGCGACGAACAGAAAAGUGAAGUUGUAAAUCAGUCUAAACUGUAGGCCCAACUCCACGCCCCAACUGCUAACCUGGCCUCACUGGAGCCCCCUGGUGGUCACCAUCAGUGCUCAGGAGAUGAUGAGUGAUUCCCACACAAACAUAUCCUCUACAGACUUUUAAACAGAAUACUUUAUAUUUUUGUUUUUAAUGUCAUGUGUAUUAUAUAGAUGUCAAAAGUAAUGCCAUUGCUCUCAAAAUCUCACUCACAGAUUUUGCUGACACAGAUUACUUGAACUGCUUUUGGAGCCUCAUCAGGGAAACCUGCAAUCAAAUUGUAAAUAGCUUCAACUGAUCCGACUAAAACACAUACUUUAGAAACAGACUGGAUAGCAUUAUUAUUCCACGUUGGAAAAAUUCCUACGGGGCAUCUGUGAAUAGUGCCCCAUUACCAGUGCCAUAUCGCCAUUCAACAAUUGUUCUGUAUGCCUUUUUAAAAGUGUAGUGAGCAAUUGUGCAGGAAGUCAUGUUUCUUCAUGUUCAUAUUUGAAUAUAUUAGCAGAUGCUUUUGUCCAAAACAUUGUACAUUAUAUUUUAACCAAGGACCAAACGAAACACAUCAGGUACAGCUCACUCCUCCCUUCAGUGUUUCCGGAGAAACUCGUUUCUUUUUGGGGGACAGGCCGCUCCCACUUUUGUUUGUUUCCAGUUUUCGGAGCCUGGGCUGGUGUUGUUUUUUUUAACAAUGUACUCAUGGAAUGGGCAGCUAGCGUAUCGCAACGAGAUGAUUACUGAAUAUGACGAAAAAUGCUAUGG